AUGUCUGCCAAUCUUAAGAAACUUGUUUCUUCCUUUGGAGCGGAAGUGGAAAAAUCCCCAGAAUUAAUUUCAAAACUUGAUUCUCUCUUACAGAUAUUCAACAUUGAAGUAGAUGAGUUGUUUGUACAUUGGGAGACUUAUAACGUGACCAAGGCACAAGAGGACUUAGAGCUUUCGGUGUCAAAUUUGGAAAGACUUCAGGAGUACAUCCAGGAGUCCUUGGCGCGGUCUGGUGGUUCAAACUCGCUCGAUAGUGCAAUCAAGAGGAAACCAAAAUCGUUGAGACCUCAACAGCAACAACAACACGCACCUAACCUUGGUUCGAGUCCUGCGCCGGCUCCUUCAUCUGGUGGAUACAAUAUUCCAACCACCCCAUCUCUUAAGAGAAGAAAGGUAGUUGAAGAGACUCCAUUUAGAACUCCAGCAACGCGGUUUGACUCGUCUCCGGCUCCAACUGAUUAUGCCACAGCCAAUAACACAUUCCAAUCACCAAUCAAUGGCUUAUCCUCCCCAGCUCCAUCUUCUUCUGCAGCCUCAUCUGCUCCUCACACCAUCUUAGAGACGUUAAACCCAUCCAUUGCCGACUCAAACGGUUACAUCCAACUUGAAGAAGACGCUUCUACAGCCAUCAAACCAUUCAAAUUGGCAGCUAAUUUCGAUCCUUCUAAAUAUAAAUUCAGAACAAUGGCAAUGAAAUUGUUGGAAAGUGCUGAUGUUUUAGAUGAGCAAAUCGAUGCUGUGACUCAAUUGGUGCAAAACUCACCAUCUUCAACGUCAUCAACCUCUGCUGCUGACUUCGGUAAUCCAUGUCUCAGUUCUCAAUUUACUCUCACCUGUUGUGGUAGAAUUGUUCCUGAUUCUCCACUUUAUGACUCUUCACAACCACUUAAUUCAACCGCCUUGUUCUUAGAAACAUCUCGUUUUGGUGGUAUUGGUCAAAGAGUACCACUUGACCUUUCCCAUAUCGACUCAUACUCUUUAUUCCCUGGUCAGAUUGUCUGCCUUCGUGGGAAGAACCCCACAGGUCGUGCAUUUAUAGUGGAAGAACUUGUAGAUAUCCCGGAAUUGGGAGCUGCUGUCACACCAGCCCUGGAAUUAAAAGAACAUCAAGAAAACCUCGCUGAUUCUUCACUUAAAUUGUUGAUCACUGCUGGUCCUUACUCAAACCAACACACCCUCAAUUACACCAAAUUGGAACAAUUGGUAGAUCGUAUAAACACCAAGGUGACUCCUCAUACAGUAGUUAUGUUUGGACCAUUUGUUGAUAUCACUAACCUGGCCAUCGUAAAGGGGAUUUCGGAUGAUCCAACCAUCCGUACACUUGAUGAUGUGUUCAAGAAAUAUGUUGUACCCAUUAUUAAAAAAAUUAAUCCAAGAAUAUCAGUUGUGAUGAUUCCUUCACUUAAGGACGUUCUGACAAAGCAUUGUUCAUUUCCUCAAGAUACUUUCCCUCGUAAACUUUAUGGAUUACCUAAAAAUGUUAAAGUGUUCCCUAAUCCUUCUUCAUUCUUUGUCAAUGAAAUGUUGAUUGGAUGUUGUAAUCAAGAUGUUUUCAAAGAUUUAAAAGAUGUUUAUAAAGGGGGUAAAACAGUAUUAUCUAACCGAUUUGAAAGAAUAGCAAAUCAUAUCUUUGAGCAAAGAAGGUAUUAUCCUUCAAUCCCAGGGUCUAUCAAAAAGAAAAUGGUUUCAGAUGAUCCACAAUUAAGUAAUGGGUUAAUGGGUGAAGAAUUAUCACUGACGGAUAUCGGUAGUUCCUCUCUUGAGCUUCCAUACAUGGGUCUUGCAGAAUUGGGUGAUUCACUUCCAGAUGUACUUAUCGUGCCGUCAGAAUUGAAAUUCUUUGUAAAAGUGAUUAAGGGAGUGGUGGUGAUCAACCCAGGUUAUUUCAUUCGUGCCAAUAGAGAGCCAACUAAGGAAGAUGGGAGUUAUGUGGUGAUGAAUAUUAAGGCACCAGACAUUAAUGCAGAGAACAAUGUAAAGUCUGUGGGUAGAGAUGAUUUAUAUUACCAUAAUAUUUGUGAAAGAUCGAGAGUGGAUAUAUAUAAAAAUUAG